GUGGCCAUGAUGGCUCAGGACAAUGGAUUUGGUAACCUCAGGGAAAGAUGUGAUGUGCGUGGUUCCUCCCUUCCUGUAACAAUCUGGGUUUUUCAGGAAGCUGAGAAACAGACUGGUAUGACUGCAAAAUGUGCUUUCAUAGUAGUAUCCUUGGGAAAGACACUCUACCCUGCUUGCUCUGGAUGACAUGUGAUGGGUCUUCCAUAUGCUGUUCAGUGAGAUUUACAGACAUCAUGAUUUAUGAUACAGAACUCCAACUCUCCUCGAUCAGUGACAGAAUUCCUAACCUGCAGCAGUGAGAGGACUCAAAGCUAAAGGAACUAUUUCUCUACAGCAUAUUCCACCAGUAUUAAAGUAUUGUAGAGAAGUUGUCAAAACCGUACAUAUAACCCAUAUACAGAGCAGCAAGAAAAAAAAGACAAUACAAAUAUGGAGUGUUCGUAUAUUCUGCGUUUGAUUGCCUUCACUGUAUCUUUAAUUGUCGACUCAAUUGAUACAAUCAGUGACUGGCUGUUGUAUCAUGAUGUAGUUGCUGCCAAAGAAGGUUUGGUUUUUGGCCAUUUUGAUGACACUCUGACAACAACACUUCUUGCUUUCUCUAUCCUGGGUUCAUGUCUGUUUCUGUUUGAAAUCAUCACUUUAGGGGUUAAUCUGACGCGUGACGACCUCCCCAUACUCCUUUUAGAUGUGGUUGCUCUGCUCGUCAUUUGGGUGGAGGAUGUUCCCCAAAUUAUCAUCAAUGUUGUCAUAGUUGCAUGCAGAGAUCAGCCAAUCAGUGUGGUUCAGAUCAUUAAGGCCAGUAUAUGUAUGUUAGGUGCACUUAUGAAGCUUAUGAUUGCAAUUGUUCGUUUCUGUUACUGGAAGAGAAAGGAGGAAAAGCUAGGCUCUGAAGGAACCCAGUCUGUAAAUAAAUGGGUUCGAAUCAUCACCUUUCCAGGCAUCCUCCUCAUCAUGCUGGGAUCCAUCAUGGUGUUUUCCUUUACACAACUCACAUGGGACAAUGCAGAUGGCAGUCUCAAGUUCCAAAACCCUCGCCGACUGCUGGACGGUGAAUAUAACACUGAUAAAUACUUUGACCAGGUUGGUGUUUAUGUCAACUUUGAAUCCAAAGAUAGUGGUCCAACUGUCAACAUGGCAACAAACCAGUGGAUUCGAUUGGUCGAUAUCUAUGAUUUCGGGGAAAGAAAAAAUACCAUUGUCACCCAUGUCACUUUUGGUUUAGGGGCUAGUAAGUUCCUCUCAGUACAAAAACCACCAGGGUCUCAUGCAUCAGCCAACUUCUCAGAAUGCUAUGUCAAAACUGGUGCAUCAUGGAGCUUACAGAGUUCACUUAGCAGAUGUGCAGUUGAGAACCAGCCAACAGUUUCGGCGGUAAUACAGCUGCAGUUUGUUGAGCCUGAGGGUCACCUGCUGUUGGGAGAUAUAGAAUUCAACUCGAAGGUGUACCAGGAUACUACCUGUAACAGUGCGAUUGUACCUGCCACACCCCUACCACAUCUCUCCCUCAGCUACUUCAAAUCAAGGCUUGCCAUCACUUCUGGAUUCCACCACAUGGUGGUGUCUGGGACAGUAAUGGACAGUGAGUUUUACUCAACAUCACAGUUACAGCCCAUCACAGAGAUAUGGAAGACAGGAUUCCUUGGCUGUAAGUUCACUGGGAAGUCGCAACCAACUUUUAACCCCGAUAUUUCUGUACCAUGUCUAUAAUGUAUCAUAGGUCAGUAGAUCCUGCACUGAUUCCAAUGACAUUCAUACAGACAAUGAAUGCCAAGCAACAAUGACAAUUCCAUCAACUCAUAUACCAUUUCAUUUACUUACUGAAAGUAUUUUAAUGUAACAAUGAAAAAUUUAUUUACUAAAAUUCAACAGCUCUAAUAAGGAUGUAUCGUGCAUGCUUGUUUAUUGAAUCAGUAGUGAAGAACUGUAAAAUUCAUACAUGUAUCAUCAUAGCUGUGUGUCCCCUAUUUAUACCAUUAUAUAUUCUAAAGCCUGAUUCCCAUCGUGUGUUACCACAUCUAUUGUUCUCACAGUUUUCAAACAGGUCACAGUAUACAUAAUACUACAUUAGCAUAUAAAUGUGCUGAAAAAAAAGGAUUCAAAAUUGAUAAAGUAGCAGGCUAUUUUUUAAUGGCAACGACUUAAGGUUGUCAAACAUGCAGCCAAUCAGAUUUUGUGUGCUAUAUAUGGGGAUGUCGAUUGUUAAUAGGGCCAUAUCGGAGGUCUUUUCACUGUAAAUAUGUCAUCUAACACAUGUAAUGCACUUAUUUUAUGAGAAACAUAUUUAAUUGUCAACUGAAUCAUUUCAAAAUAAUAUUUAACAUUUUAAAAGAUAUUUCAAAGUAUAUCUUUUUUAUAUAAAACAGAUAUCAUUUUUUAUGAAAUAAACACAAACUAAUUUUAUGGUUCCUGUAAACGUUUUACCAAAUACAUGUUUUACGUUUAAUUAUGUCACAAUAUCCUUUUCCUGUCACCAGUUUUAUCACAAUGGUAAAUAUCCUACUAAAUAUACAGAGCAUGAUGUAAUAACCAGUCUGCUAAAUCUGACUAUAAUCUUAUGUGCAGACCUCAAAAUUUAGGUCAAUCAGCCUGGGAUUAAGUCCAAAUCUAGCAACAGUGAUUAUGAGAUUUAAGAAAUAAAAAGGAGAAAUAUUCUGAUAUAAGUUCAUAAAUUCAUUUACACUCUCCAGACAUUCUCUCUCUCAUAUGUCAACUUGUCAAAUUAGGGACAAUGAUAUCUUUUGAUUUUGGCAAAACUGCUCUUGUCUACUUAUAAUGGUAACCAUUUUAUCUGUAUCAAAAAUGCCUCAACCAAUCAGAAGUUGUUUCGGUACAUUUUUCCAUUGACAACAAACAUACGGAUAUCGGUAUAAUUUCACUUGUGAUUGGUAUGUUUGUUGUUGUCAUGAUGUUAAGCAGCAUCAUAAACAUCAAAUUUCUACAAUGAAAUCAAACCACAUCUGGAAUUAUUCAUAAUUAUAUAUUUUAUAAUUUAUAAUUAUAUUAUGUUAUAGAAAGGGUACCUGUUUGCAGAAAAGGACCUGUUAUUGGCCGAGGCAUUUUUGAUACAGGGGAAAUAUGUACCUAGAUUUCCUAAUCUAUGGUCACUCAGUUUAAAAAAGAAAUACAUUUUUUGUACAUUCCCUUCAAGAUGAACACUAUUCAUGGAGGCCAUGUAUCAGAACAGUGGUGAAGAAAUGUAUUGGGUAUUUAAUUCUUAUAUCACAUACAAUGUAGUUGUUGUUAUCUGUUGUUCUACACAUAUUUUCCAAUAAAUCAAUUUUUUUACCCCAAA